AUGCAAAAUUUGCUUUCUUGUUUCUCUUUGUUAGGAUUAGGCUCUGCGGGGGUGAUCUGUGUGCAAUUCGGGGCUGGAAAUCUUGCUUUUGUUUCAGGCUUUUGUGAAUUCCCUGCGGUUAGAUCUGCUUCCUGCUGUUUUCUUUUGUUCGAAUGUGAAAGAAUGAAGAGGUCAAGGGAUGAUGUUUACAUGAGUUCACAACACAAACGGCCUAUGGUGUCUUCUAGAGGAGAACCCUCGGGGCAACCACAGUUGAUGAGUGGUGGUGGUCAGAGGCUAACCACAAAUGAUGCCUUGGCAUAUCUCAAAGCAGUAAAGGAUAUGUUUCAAGAUAAGAGGGAAAAGUAUGAUGACUUUCUGGAAGUAAUGAAGGAUUUCAAGGCUCAAAGAAUUGAUACAACAGGUGUCAUAGCAAGAGUGAAGGAUCUGUUUAAAGGGCACAAAGAUCUAAUUUUGGGAUUUAACACCUUCUUGCCAAAGGGAUAUGAAAUUACACUUCCAUUGGAAGAUGAGCAACCUCCCCAAAAGAAGCCUGUUGAAUUUGCAGAAGCCAUAAGUUUUGUGGGCAAGAUUAAGACUCGCUUUCAAAGCAAUGAUAGUGUUUAUAAGUCAUUUCUAGACAUAUUAAAUAUGUACAGAAAGGAAACCAAGUCUAUCACUGAGGUUUACGAGGAGGUUGCUGCACUUUUUCAGGACCAUGCAGACCUUCUUGAGGAGUUUACUCAUUUUCUUCCGGAUACUUCAGGAAUAGCCUCUAAUCACUAUGCUUCUGCUCGAAAUCCUCUGCUUCGUGAUAGGAGCUCUGCAAUGCCAACAGUGAGGCAAAUGCAUGUUGAAAAGAGAGAAAGGAACAUUGCUUCACAUGGUGAUCGUGACCUCAGUGUUGACCAUCCUGAUCCAGAACUUGACAGAUGUUUAAUUAAGGUUGAAAAGGAUCAGCGGAGGCGUGGUGAGAAGGAAAAGGAAAGUAGAGAAGAGAAAGAUAGGAGACAGCGGGAAAGGGAUGAUAGAGAUUAUGAUCAUGAUGGUAGUAGGGAGAAUUUAUCUCACAAGCGUAAAUCUGGUUGUAUGGCUGGAGACUCUAGUGCUGAACCAUUGCAUGAUACUGACGAAAAUUUUGGCAUGCAUCCUGUCUCGUAUGCUCAUGAGGAUAAAAGUUCUUUGAAAAGUGCUCCAGUGAUUGGUUACCUUGACAAAGUGAAGGAGAAAUUACGAAAUCCCGAGGAUUACCAGGAAUUUUUGAAGUGCCUAAAUAUCUACUGCAAGGAAAUAAUUGCCCGUCAUGAAUUGCAAUCAUUGGAAGAGCUUUCCAAAUACACUCAAGCUCCAACAUCCUCCAUGUUGAGAUAUGUGGGCAAUUUACUGGGAAAAUAUGCAGAUCUUAUGGAGGGAUUUGAUGAAUUUUUGUCUCAAUGUGAGAAGAAUGAAGGAUUCCUUGCUGGUCUCCUGAAAAAAAGUAAGUAA